UCGCCUCUAUAGUUUUAGGCUACGCGGGCGGACACAUCGUGCUCGUAUCAAAUUACGAGCGCCCAUUAUGUUUGAAUAGCGCUAUACUGGGUACAUACAACGUACAAGUGCGUGUAGUGACAGUGAGUUAACAAUCAUAGGAUGUGACAGCCGCGACGUAAGAAAUAUAUUUGUACCGUCAUUUUCGCAUUCAGUGUUAUCGAAGUGAAGAAAUGUUUAUCACGCAAAUAUAAUUAUUUAAUAAGGUGCAUAAUUUUAGUGGCAUCAUUAUUUAUUAAUUAGUAAUUAUUAAUUAAUAAUUAAUUAAAAAUGGUGCAUAAAUUACAAGAUCAAAUUACGAGUACUAUCCCUGUUAGUCGAAUACGAUGUGUUGCUUCUCAGGUGAUAGCAUGUAUGCCGCCCAACUUUCUGCUUCUAGACCUCGGUAUGGCGAUUAGUUUCACUACAAUCGCCGUACCGAGUCUUCUUAACGCCAAAGAAGGAUUAUCAUUGGAUGAAACACAAGCAUCUUGGUUUGGUAGUCUUUCUUAUUUAACUCAGCCAGUUGGAGCAUUGCUGUCAGGUCCAAUAGUCGACUUUUGUGGUCGUAAAAGGGCUAACUUCUUGGUCAAUAUUCCUCAUCUUGUUGCUUGGAUACUGCUGUAUUUCUCAUGGGAUUUACCUUCUUUGUUCAUCGCAAACGGACUCCUGGGAUUAGGAACUGGUAUCAUGGAAGCACCGAUCAACUCCUAUGUAGGAGAGAUCAGUGAGCCAUCAGUACGCGGUGCUCUUUGCACUCUGACACAACUAUUUACAUCAAUCGGUGUAUUCGUUAUGUACUUUCUGGGCACCGUGGUGGACUGGCGAAAAGCGGCGUUAAUUAGUCUUGUUGUACCCGUGAGCUCUAUGGCUUUCGUGUUCCUGGUCCCAGAAACACCAGUCUGGUUACUUUCUAGAGGAAGAGAAAAGGAUGCAUUGAAGUCUCUUUGCUAUUUGAGAGGCUGGACUAAACCAGAAGACGUUAAAGAAGAAUUUGAUGAACUGGUUGAGUACAGUAAGAAACUUCAGAAGUGUGUCAUUUGUGACAAGAUAGAUGACGUGACGAAGAGUUGUGAACACUAUAAAAUGAAUUCAUUUAAAAGAUCUAUGUACAAAUUUAGAUACGUGAUGCUGUGUAAAGAGACGAUGAGACCCUUGGUGCUGGUAAUGAUGUACUUUCUAUUCUACGUCAUGAGCGGCCUCGCACCCAUACGGCCCAACAUGGUGAACAUCUGCGGUGCACUUGGCAUGGCGCAAGACGGAAAAAUUGUUGUUCUUAUGGUCGGCAUCAUAACCUUCUUAACUGCCCUCAUAGUGGUGACUUUAAUAAAAGUGGUUGGUAAACGCAAACUGGCAGUAUCAGCGAUGAUCGGUACUGCUAUAUCCUGUGCUGCUCUCAGCGCCUACGCCAGAAAGAAUCUCGCAGACUCCGUUUAUUCUUAUGACACUAAUACGUUUCCGACGGAAAAGAGCUACGUACCUUUGGUGUUAUUCUAUAUGGUGGCUACUUUCACCGGACUCGCCGUUCCGUGGGUACUGCUUGGAGAAGUUUUUCCAUUCAGGAGUCGUGCCUCAGCUCAAGGCAUCGCGGCAGCCAGUAAUUACAUCUUCAGUUUCCUCGCUGCGAAAACAUUUAUUGACCUAGAAAUCAAUUUAAAGUUAUGGGGCACUUUUGCUGUUUAUUCAGGGUGCGGUUUCCUUGGCGCUAUAUACUUGUACUUCUAUUUGCCGGAAACAGAAGGCAAAACUCUACAAGAAAUCGAAGACUUCUACAACGAAGAUAAAUCAAAAACAUUCGCCGAUGAUCCGUUUAUAAAUUUCUUUAAGAGAAUCAAAAGGAAAAAAUAUUCGAUGUAAUUGAGAAGUAUUUAAAUUAUUGUAUAAUUUUAUUUUAAGACCAUAACCGAAUUAAAAGUCUGCAACUCCCUACGCUACGGUUGUUUCUUUGUAAUAGUAA